CCUCUUAAUUUCUAUCAUGUCUUUCAAACUCGACCUUGACACCCCAUCUUACAAAGGCGCCGUCUCCUUCAACACUGGACUCUUCAUUGGCGGAAAGUGGGUUGAUCCUGUUGAAGGGGGCACUAUUGAUGUCGUCAAUCCUGCUACCGGAAAGCCCAUCACCACCGUCUCUGUGGGCACCGCGAAAGACGUGGAUAUUGCAGUCGAUGUCGCGAAAAAAGCAUUCAAAGCAUCUUGGGGCUUGAAAGUCCCUGGAUCAGAACGCGGAAAGUUACUCAACAAACUCGCAGAUCUCAUCGAAGCGAAAGCCGACGAAUUCGCAGCUCUUGAAACUCUCAACGUUGGCAAACCUUUUUCCUCGUCGAGACACAUGGAAGUUAACUUGACGCUAACCGCUUUGAGAUACUUUGCUGGCCAGGCGGAAAAACUCAAAGGGGAGACAGUUGAGUCUUCUGAACAGAAGUUUACUUACACCAGGCGCGAACCGUACGGUGUAGUGGCAGCAAUUACUCCAUGGAAUGGCCCUCUGCUCAUGCUCAUUUGCAAACUUGGACCAGCUGUCGCCGCAGGGAACGUUGUUGUUAUGAAGCCUUCCGAGUUCACGCCUUUAUCGUCUCUCAAAUUAGCUGGUAUGAUUAACGAAGCAGGAUUCCCUCCGGGAGUUAUCAACAUUAUCAAUGGAGAGGGUUCAACUGUCGGCAAUGCGCUUUCCCAUCACCCCGAUAUUUGGAGGAUCUCGUUCACCGGUAGUAUUCUGACUGGGCGUAAAAUUCAAGAGGCUUCAGCCAAAUCAAACCUCAAAGUUGUUACACUCGAGCUCGGUGGAAAGUCUCCCAACAUCAUUUUCGACGACUGUGAUGUUGCGCAAACCGCAAAAUGGUCUGUCAUGGGUGUCUACAUUAAUAUGGGCCAAGCAUGUAUUGCAGGUUCGCGUAUAUACGUCCAGGAAGGUAUUUACGACAAAUUCCUUGCUGCUUUCCAAGAAGAGACCAAGGCGUGGAGUCAACAUACUGGAGAUCCCUUUGAUUUGAACACCCGACAUGGGCCACUAGUCUCUCAGAUUCAAUUUGAUCGGGUGAUGGGAUACAUUGAUUCUGCAAAGAAGGAUGGAGCAACGAUCCUUACUGGAGGUGAACGACAUGGAAACGAGGGGUACUUUGUCCAGCCCACGAUUAUUACGGACACGAGGCCGGAUAUGAAGAUUAUCCAGGAAGAGAUUUUCGGGCCCGUUGCGUCGAUUAUCAAGUUCAAGACUGAAGAAGAGGUGAUUGAGAUGGCGAAUAAUACGACGUACGGAUUGGCGUGUGGACUGUUUACGCGAGAUGGAGCGCGGGCGACGAGAGUGGCGCAUGCGUUAGAGGCUGGAACAGCUUGGGUGAACUGCUAUACCAUGUUCGACCUGAACGCACCAACCGGUGGAUACAAGCAGUCUGGAUUCGGGAAGGUGUUUGGAGAAGAAGGUAUCAAGGAGUACACGCAGCUCAAGUCGGUUCAUGUCAAUCUUGGUAUUCAGAUUUGAGCCGCAGGCCUGAGAACUUUGAGGUAGGGAAUUAGAUAGGAAUAGGUUUAUCCCAAAAAGUGUGUGAUGUUCAAGUUGUACUAUAGAUGUUUCAUCAAAGUUUUGUAGCGCCAGCUAGGCUGGCCCUGAAAAUCUUCAUCCUUAGCCUGUCAUUCAAAAAUCGGAGGACGAACGUGAUGGCAGAUAGGCGUUCAGAAAUGCAAUGCAUGCGCAACGUCGAUCUGGUGAACUCCUGUUCUCCAGCAGUGAGCUAUUGUAAGAGAACGUACUUCGCACGACUCUGGAGGGUAUUUCACAUGGGACGUUUAGGACUUGGCCAGUGCACCCUCUUGUAACUAUACCUUCGAUCGACAGAGAUAGAUGGUUCAAAGUUCAUAAUGUUCAUCGACAUCGC